AUGGACACGCUGAUGGAAGACGACAUCUGCAUUCUGAACCACGAGAAAGCUCACGGGAGAGACAGAGUGAUUCCCGUCUCCAUAUACUCGGGAGAUGAGUCUGUUGCUUCGCAUUUUGCCCUGGUCACGGCGUACGAAGACAUCAAAAAACGACUGAAGGACUCAGAGAAAGAGAACUCUUUGUUAAAGAAAAGAAUACGAGUUUUGGAAGAAAAGCUUUUAGAAGGUCGACCAGAUGAAGAAGUAGCCUCUGUGGGGCGAGAGCAAGUCAAUAAGGCCUAUCACGCGUACCGAGAGGUCUGCAUUGAUAGGGAUAAUCUGAGGAGCCAAUUGGAAAAGAUGAAUAAAGACAACUCUGAAUCUUUGAAAGUAUUGAAUGAACAGCUACAGUCUAAAGAAGUAGAGCUUCUGCAGCUAAGGACAGAGGUGGAGACUCAGCAGGUGAUGCGGAAUCUGAAUCCACCUUCCUCAAACUGGGAGGUGGAGAAGUUGAGCUGUGACCUGAAGAUCCAUGCUUUGGAGCAAGAGCUGGAACAGAUGAGGAAAGAAUGUCACGACCUCAGGACACAGCUGCAGACAUCCAAGCAAACGAAUCUCUCUGAUGAAGAUAAUCUGAAGAGCAGAGAUCUCCAGGCAUUCAGCAUUUCAAGGGAUAACAUGCUGCAUGCGUACUGGGAGCUGAGGAGGGAAAUGUCAAAUUUACAUCUUGUGACCCAAGUCCAAGCUGAACUACUGAGGAAGCUGAAAUCCCCAGCUGCAGUCAGGAAAGCCUGCGCCCAAGCGGGGCACAUGGACGACCUUGGGAGAGACAGCACCAAACUGCACUUGACGAAUUUUACUGCAACGUACAAAAGACACGCCCCUCUCUCACCAAAUGGCAAAGCUCUGCCUCACACCACAGCUUCUCCCGUACCAGGACAUGCAAAGGCACUGUCGGAGAAAGAAGUCCUCCAGUCAUGGACAGCCAGCGAAAGACCCGUCCCCAGCGAUGGGACACACUUUGCGGAACACAACUCCUGUGGCCGAAAUUCUCUGGAAGAUAACUCGUGGGUGUUCCCGAGCCCUCCUAAGUCAGGCGAGACGGCCUUUGGAGAAACCAGAAGCAGAGCGCUCCCUCUCCCCAACCUGCUGCCACUGCAUUAUUUGGAUCAAUACAAUCAGAACUGCCUUUCCAAGAAUUAG